AUGCCUAGGGCUGUCCAGAUGCUAUUUCCACUCUUUCUACAAAUUGGGCAAGAUCAGGAAGGGUCCUUGUGCUUGGAUGCUUCAUUUCCAUCCUCCUCCUAUGCAUCACACUAUAUGCUGAAGGUCACACCCAAACUGGGAUGUCCCACAAUCAUUUUAUCACUGGAUAUGCCUUCCACAUACAGCCUGGGGCGUGGGGUGGGAACAAGUGAACUCAAGUGUAUCUCCAAGCAACGUGAUUUCUUAUCCAUUCAUAUGUCACUGAAAACCAAGCAAUCUUUCAGUGUUCUGUCACUCUAG